GGACGUUCAUUUAUAGAAUUUACUGUAAAACUUGCUUCGGAGGACACGUGAGGAAUCUCCCACUCACGUGACCAACACGUUUAGUCAUGGCCGACGAUUACAGGCGACAAGGGUUUGAGUUGGAGAGAAGGAUAUUUGAGUUAGACGUCAAGUGUUCCAGUCUCAGAGCUGAAAAGCAAGAUGAUGAUUAUUUACAGAAUGCAUCCGCUAUACUAGAGAAGUUGAAGGGCCAUUUCAGACAAGGAGGAGGUGAGAGUAGCAACAUUUCCAAGCUACUUCAGGAUUACACACAGGUGGUUCUUGAUAUUACAUUUUAUGAAGAGAACAAGCUUGUGGAUCAGGAGUUUCCAGAAGACUGUUCACCAUUUAAAAUUCAGCAGCUGUUGCAAGACCUGACUGAGCCAGAAGUUUUGGCAGGAAGGCUAGCACCAACACAAGAGGUGCAGUCUGUGUUGGGUCUAGAGCUUCUAGAAUGCCUGUACUGGAGACGUGGUGCUCUGCUGUACAUGUACUGCCACACACUUCAUCAAAGAAAACAGUGGAUCAAGAAAAAUAAGGAAACUUUCCUUAAGUGUAUUCAGGAAGGUGUGCGCUACCUGAUGCGAAUGUUGCAAGUGAGAAGCUCAGUGAAGCUCAAUGAUGGAGUGGUCCUUCACGACACUUCAACAGCCAGCUUCCUGUCCGAAGGGAUCUUUUCGGACACACACCUGCUGACAAUGAUGUACAUUGGGGAAAUGUGUUUCUGGGCAGUCAAGUAUGAGGACUGUAGUGCCGAUAUGGACCGAAAAGAAGACCGCCUACAGUUUCGGGACAUUGGCACUCAGAUCCUUAACAAAUACGUGCUUGCCUGUGAGGGCCCUCUGCAGGGCCAGGGAUGGAACACAGAGAAUGCCAAGGAAAUCCUUAGUAUUCUACAGUGAAGCUCCAAACGUUACUCCCAGGCACAGAUCUAAGCUCAGUAUUCAACCCCAAAUUGAACCCAUCACCACGGGGCAUAUUGUUGUGGAAGGUUGAGACUAGGCACAGAGAAUGCAGAAAUUAAGAAAUUAAUGACUCAAUCAGUGUCUACUGGAAACAUCCAAUGCCAAAUGACCUGUGGCCAAAGCAGGUGAAAAAGUAAGUUGUAACAGAGGUGGUGUAAAAGCAGCAGGUGCUUCAGAGAAAACUUUUGACUCACUUUCUAUGCCCUGUCCUGUUGGAAAAGCAGUUAUCAUCCUUAUUACGGACUUUUGAUGGGGGCCGUCUGUUUUGCUCUAAGAAUGUGUUGUAAUAAUUAUAUUAACAAUAUUAACAAUAACAUUAAACUGACCUUUUUUAUUUUUUUGUUAUGAAAUUGUUACAAGUUUAAGAUAAUUUAGCUGGAAAAAAUACAUUGCACAGUAACAGUUUAUUUAUUGUUUUAUUACCAUUUUGUUAUGCUUUUAAUAUAACUGCAGAUGCAUUGAAUUUAGGAGGGGAUUGAAAAGUGUUCAAACAAUGUCUUCAUGACUAAUCACAGUGUGCUAAGAUUUGUACGUGUUCCAUCUGUUGCAACUUUCAUACAUCUGCCACUUUAUUCAAAGUGAUGCUGUAACAAUAAUUAGAAACUCUUUCAUUGUUUGAACGAAAACCCGAUUCAGUUUUUAAUGUCCAUGCUGACAAUAAACACAUAAUAUUUUAAAAAA